GUCGGAACGAUCACCGAUAUUUGCCUUUGCUCUGAAAGCAGGUGUUUGUUUGGGGAUGAGAGCCAAAGCAGUUUUUGAGAGCCAAAGCAGUCAGGGAUGGGGUUUUAGCUGUGUGCCAUACUACAAAUGUUCCAUCUUCCGUCUCUCUUGUCUCCCAACCGACACCUCAUUUCAGUUAGGUCCUCGGGAAAACUAUAGUAUACUUUGCACAUCUCAGCCUUCGGUUCCGACACACACAAGAUGGCAACGACGACAGCAUUCCCAUCGCCGCCGCACCCAGUUCAUCCAUGGUGGUAGAGGCGAUCUUCACGUUGCCUGCGGAGGACAACGUGGCUUCGAAACGUGUUUGUGUGACGAGGCGUUUGCAUUUGGAGUUGGACCUUUCCGCUUUCUCACCUCAAUAGGGAUGAAGGGCUUCUGUGGUGAUGUUCCCUUAGUACUCGGCGUUGUCAAAGAAUCGAAGGGCUUCCCACCAACAGCUCACCGAACUCGGCCAAACAGCCAUAGACAUCUCACAGCCGCAUAAAGGGAGAAGAAGGCGAGAUCUCCGUUAUGAGCUGUAUGCGAACUACCGUACUUCUUUGUUUCGCUUCUAGGAAGCAAUCUUCUAGUAAGCAAUGCGGCGCUUGUUGUAUGGUAAAGUACUUCUGGUCUCCCAAGUAUACGUCUCUUGAGCGUAUCCAGUACAUGUACUCUGACCACCACCCACAGGCAGUUAAAUAGCAAAGUUCCUGUCGGGUCUAUGAGUGACCAAUUCAGCCCUGCAGAAUGAGGACAACGGAGAGGCACGACCUUCGACGCAGUCGUCGGAAUUGAUAAGAGAUCUAUCUGAGCUAUCCCAGCGGACGUACAGAGUACGGACAUUGAUUGGCCAUUGAGACGUUUCUUGUAAGCAGCAACGGCCCGCCAUACCUCAACUACGCCUUGGACAUUA